UGAUUAUGACUGCCUUGUAUGUAUUGUGGUGAAUUGUAAUUAUUUUCUGUAAUUAUCUUUAUAAAAAGUGACGAACCUGUGAUAGGUUUUAUUUUCGUUAGUUUUAUAUGUGUAUUGUGCCAAGAUGACGUCUGAAAAAGGGAACAGGAAGGACAAAAAUCAAAACAUCCAGGUUUUCGUGAGACUGAGGCCACUCAAUCAGCGAGAACGAGACAUCAAGUCGCUGGGUGUGGUAGAAGUCGCAAACAAUCGUGAGGUGGUCGUGCGACAGUCGCAACAGACCUCCUUGACUAAGAAGUUCACGUUUGAUAGAGCAUUUAGCCCUCACACCAAGCAGGUGGAAGUGUACCAAGAGGUGGUGGCCCCGCUGAUCGAGGAGGUCCUAGCCGGUUACAACUGCACGGUGUUCGCGUACGGACAGACCGGCACUGGGAAGACCCACACCAUGGUGGGGGAGAACACCGGUGAUGAGACCACCUGGCAGAAUGACCCCCUGGCGGGCAUCAUCCCUCGGGCGCUCAGCCAGCUGUUUGACGAGCUGCGGAUCUCCAACACGGAAUACACGGUCCGCGUGUCCUACCUGGAGUUGUACAACGAGGAACUGUUCGACCUGCUAUCGACAUCGGAGGAUAAUUCCAAACUGAGGAUAUAUGAGGACGUGACCAGGAAGGGGUCAAAUAUUGUCAAUGGAUUGGAAGAGAUUACGGUAUACAACAAGAAUGAGGUUUACAAGAUAAUGGCUCAAGGACAGGAGAGGAAAAGGGUAGCCUCCACUUUGAUGAACGCUCAGUCCAGCCGCUCCCACACAGUCUUCACGAUCGUGGUCCACAUGAAAGAGAACAGUCCUGAAGGCGAGGAGUUGGUGAAGAUCGGGAAACUGAACCUCGUCGACCUCGCCGGCUCGGAGAACAUCAGCAAGGCGGGCUCUGACAACCCCGCCAAGAGGGAGCGGGCGCGGGAAUGUGUUAACAUCAAUCAGAGCCUGUUGACCCUUGGCAGGGUCAUAACGGCGCUGGUGGAGAGGCAUCCUCAUAUACCGUACAGGGAAUCAAAACUGACCCGCAUCUUGCAAGAGUCUCUCGGCGGCAAGACGAAGACAUCAAUCAUCGCGACCAUCUCCCCGGGCCACAAGGACCUGGAGGAGACGAUGAGCACGCUGGAGUACGCGCACAGAGCGAAGAACAUCCAGAACCGGCCGGAGGUGAAUCAGAAGAUGACGAAGAAGGCCAUACUGAAGGAGUACGCUGAGGAGAUAGACAGGCUCAAGAGGGAUCUGCAGGCUGCCAGGGAUAAGACUGGUGUAUACUUAGCCAACGAGACAUACACAGAGAUGACGUUGAAACAAGAGGAGCAAAAGAAGGAGAUACAAGAACUGCUGCUGAAGAAGAAGGCCAUGGAAGACGAGAGGGACCGCAUGCUGGCGGUGUUUGAGGAGCUGAACAAGAGGAUAGCGGAGAGGGAGAGCGAGCUGAGUGAUGCUAUGAACAAGUUGGAUGAUACGCAGGCUAAGCUGGUCAGCACUAGCAAUAUCCUGCACACGACGAAGCAGCAGUGCGAGGAACAGCAGCACCUGGUGAGCAAGCUGGCGGAGACGGAGCUGCAGCUGGGGCGGCAGGCGCGCGAGCUGGCGGCCGCCGCGCACACUGCAGUGCACCAUGUGCACGGGCUGCACGGCGCCGUGCACCGCAGGCAGUCAGUGGAGUCCCGGAACUUGGAACUGACCCGGGAGUUCCGCGCGCAGUCCUGCCAACAGCGCGCCGCCAUGUUGUCCCGCGUGGACCACAUACACUCCACGCUGAUGCGCACGCUCAAUGGACUGUUGGAGGCUUGUGACACUUAUACCACUGACACUGUUGGUAUUCAAGAGGAGAAUAAACUAAAAAUGGAGGAAUUGGUGCGGAAAAUUUGCGAUACUAUGGCGGAGAUAAAGACAUCAAUAUCUACUGCUCACUCCAACCUACUAUCAUCUCGGGACACCCAUAUCGACCAAAUAACAAAAACACUAACAUCGCACAGCGUAGCUUUGGAGGCGUCUCUCAACGGCUUGUUGGGUAAAGUGGGUGACUGCGUCCGCGCCGCAGCCGCUGUGAACGUCGCGGGGGAUGUUGAUACGUUUGUGAAGCAGUGGUACAGCGGCGCUUCGGGCCGCGUGCAGAGCCUGGCGGCGGCGCACGCGGCCUUCGCUGAGGACAGCGGCGCGCGCGCAGCCCGCCGCCGCGCCGCCGCGCGCCGCUCGCGAGACGGGCGCCGCGCGCGCGCACAGCAGCGGGCGGCCACCGCUACCGCUGCCGUAGCGGAAAUAGAGGAAGAGAAAACACAAAUCGAGAAACGCCUGAGAAACCAACUAUCCGCCAUCGAAGCGGAACGUCGAGACAUGGAGAAGAGACUCGAUGACAGAAUGCUGGAAGAGAACCAACGAUUGGAGCAGUUGAGGAGGAUUUGGGAGGAGGACAGGGAGGAGUGCGAGGCGCUGAGGAGGAUGCUGAGCCAGAGGGAGGCGAGACUCGAGGCGCAGAGGCGGGAAAUGACGAAGAGGCAGGAGGAAUUGAUGAGGGAAACCGCUGAUGAGAAACAGGCUUUAGAAGAGAGGUUGUCCAAGAAAAUACAACAGAUCGAGGAACAAAGGAAACUUCUAGAAGACAGAAUGGAGAAACUGGUUUCUUACCAGAAUGAGCAAUUGAGAGCUGACGAAGAAGAUGUUGAAGACGCGGAGGCGAAUUUGGAAGAGCACAAUGUUGACAGCGAUGCUUGGAUCCAAUGUUUGGACAAAUACGCCAAGGCGUUUGACGAAGGCACCACCUCUAUCAACACAGACAUGGAAGCGUUCUGCGCCAACGUGGUGGAGGUGGUGGAGCACGUGUUCUCCCAGUUCGUGGCGGCACUGGCGCACGCGCAGCAACAGAUUGAGACCGACACUCACUCGACGCUCGAGAGUGAGAAAGCAUCGUGCACUGCUCUGUGCUCACAGUCGUCGCGGCUGCUGAGCUCUGUGGCGGACGACACGCAAACACUGGUGCAAACGUUAUAUCACAAUAUUGAGGAGAACAAUAACGCGACUAUACAACAACUCGGUCGCCUGUCUUCGUCUGCCGGGGAAACGGCGGCCGCCGUGCGCGAACACACGGCGGGUCAGAAGACUGUUCUACAUCAGACCAGGGAAUACCUGGACAGCUUGCACGGGACGCUGAAGGAAGCUCUGGACAAACACGAGGAGUUGGAGGAGACGUAUCUGGCUAAGGAAUACAGGGUUUAUACUCCUACUGGCGGCACGCCGCAGCGCACGGAGUACCGGCUGCCGCGCCAGCUGGCGGCCACGUCGCCGCACGACAGGAUCCUGGCGCGCUUCCGCGCCGCGAGGGAGCGCCACGGAGACCAGGAUUGCAUAGUGAUCGAGUCGGCUAACAACACGAUGAGCAGCUCGGCCGAGUCGUCGGUGUCGGAGGAGUCGGGCGAGUUGUUCGCGGCGCCGUCCCCGCCCGACAGCGGGCUGCCGCGCGCCGCCAACAUCGUGAAGUCCACCAGCGAGACCGACAUAUACAGCAUACGCAGGCAUCAAGACCAAAACGGCAAGGAGAACACGAACCGUUCCGUUUCAUACAAGAAGCCUUCGAAGUUGCCCGCGCCUUCUUCGCACAAGAAACCGCUCGUGGAACGAAACGCGGUCUGACGAUAACUGUUUAGUUUUUACGCACAAAUAUAUUAUUAUUAUUAACUAAUUUAGUGUUUUAUAGUGUAUAAUGGCGUUAUUUUGUGACCUCACAAAUGUGAUUUACCUGGGACAUGCAAAGGAAUUUCCUAUUUGAAUUGCAUAAUUUGAAGUGUACAUAACGUUUUUUUGGCAUAAUCAUCGUUUCGCAGAAUGAUUAAGACCAGGUUAAUUGUACUCUUAAACGACCAACUUGUGUGAACAGAGUGAUGAAUGUAGAUGAAGUGAUAAAGUAUGCAUGGAUCGUGGCAAGUGGUAAGAUGUAGUCACUGCCUACCUUUCCGGGGAAGAGGUGUGGUUUAUGUAUUACAUAUUGAAAUGUGAUGUGAAAAAAUGAUUAGCCAAAAAAAUAUGUUAUGUUAACUUUAAUGUAUGUCAUAUAAAUUGAUAGAAUCUAUGUAUGUGUGGACUCCUAAGAAUAUAAUGAUAUUAUAAAUGCGAGAGUGUGUGUGUAUGUUGGUUUUGUCUUAACGUCAAAACCUAGCUUUAGUUAAUGCGGUGUUGUAAGUGGCUACUAUUUACAGCGGGAAAUUAUUAAAUUUCCCGAAAUAGAACAAUUUCGGAGUUAAAUGUCAUUCUGCCAUUUAUCAAUUUAGAUUAAAAUGUAGCAUAUAGUUACACAUAUACUAUUGGAAAUAGAUUAAAUUGAUCUAUUUUUGGAACACGCAAAUCACACUGAAAAUAGUUAUUUUUUAUUUAUACGUACAUAUAUAUAACACACAACAUUGAAUUUAAUUAAACUGUAACCUUUUGUGUAAUUAUACAUAUAAUUUCUUAUCUCUUAAUUUUCAAUAACCACUUGAGAAUGCUUUUAGCAUUAAGUUCACCUACUGAAACUUCAAAUGCUCAUUAGUUAAAAAUAGUAAGUAACUAAAUGCUUUAUUGUUCACUACAGGAGUACAUUACAAAUAUAAAACAGUAGUACAGUACAAAGGCGGGCUUAUCCCUAAGUAGGAUCUCUUCCAGCCAACCUGACAAUGAGAGGAUCGCAUACAAAAUUGAGGCAAGGGUGAACAACAGUUCAUUUACGAAUAUGAUGCUUAAGACUUAACAAUUAUAUACGUACAUAUAUAAAUAAAGUAUAUAUAUAUACAUGUAUGUAUACAUAUAAAUUAAAUUAAUAACCAAUUCAAGACUCGCGAAAGAAUUUAUUAAUAGUGUUGCCGAACUACCUAUCGAUAGUUUACCUUUGAGAUCAUUACAAUAUUGAUCAGCCUAUCGAUAGUAAUUUCGAUCAAUGCUUCUUCUUGGCUCAAAGUUUGGUUUGUACAUUUGUCAUAUAUUUCAUCGUGGAGUUAAAAUCCCAUACAAUUCCAGAACUUACUUGGGUCUAGCAAAAUCUGUGUCAUUUGUCCCGCAUUUGAUUAUAAAUAAAUAAAUAUAUACAGGACAAAUUACACAGAUUGAGUUAGCCUCGAAGUAAGUUCGAGACUUGUGUUACGAGAUACUAACUCGACGAUACUAUAUUUUAUAAUAAAUACUUAUAUAGAUAAACAUCAGAAAAAGUUAUUUUCUCAUUAUGCCCUUAUUUUUCAUAUUUAAUUCACACUUGUCAAAAGUGCUUGACCAUUUCUCCUCUGCCGGGCUAGCAUGACACGCGCGACGCCGUUUUUAUCGCGCGAUAAACUAUUGCUGUUUCGCUUUUUAUUAUGACGUGAAACGAGACAGAGAUAGUUUAUAUAGCGCGAUAAAAACCGCGUCGCGCGUGUCAUGCUAGCCCCUGUCUGUAUGAACUAAGUAUUUUUGUCAGCUGGAGCAAUACCAUUAUUGUCGCUUUAUUUUAGAAAUAUACAAAUUUAUUUGAUAAGAUUAUGUUUUAAGAUGUUUGUAUGACACGACCUUAUUUCGAAUUAAAUAUGAUUAUUGUGUGUUUUUUGAGAACUGCUAUAAUUCUGUUAGA